AUGGCUCCCAAUGGAACAGUUCUUCGCAAGCGGCUUUUGACCACCGAGAUAGAUGCCAUCGCCGAGAGUAAUCCUGGAAGACGAUUCUGCGUGAUGCCCAGGGGCUCGGAGCUAUCAGAUGGCCUGCAAGAAAUCUCUAUCAAGGAUCUUGCCCGCGGAAUCAACUUCCUGUGCUGGUGGAUAGAAGCACAAGCUGGCACAAAUGCACCCGACGGGUCAACGGUAGCAUACAUGGGUGCCAAUGAUAUUCGCUACUUCAUCUUCAUCAUUGCUUGUCAUAAGACUGGCUACAAGCCAUUGCUGCCCUCGAGCAAAAACUCCGAUGAAGCUCAAUUGUAUUUGCUCGAUGAGACCAAGUGUAACCGGUUCUUUUACAGUGCGGAGCGGGAGCGCAAGGCAGCAGAACUCAAGCAGCUUCGUCCAGAUCUGAAUACCUUUGAAUUGCCAGCGCUGGAUGUUAUCUUGAACGGAGAAGAGGGCCUACGCUUCUACUCCUUCACUCAAACCUACGAGGAGGCUGAGGAUAAGGUCUUUCUAGUCGUGCACAGUUCUGGAUCAACAGGAAUGCCCAAGCCCAUUCCCCUGACUCAUGGCUACUUCAGCACUUUGGAUGCCAUUGCCUAUCUCCCUCGUCCGGGCGGUCGCAGGCUUACUAUCUUCUCUGAUCUCAGCCCGGAUAACCUUGUUCUCAGCGUAGUUCCUUUCUUCCACAUGAUGGGAAUCUUGGCUUUCACCGAGUCCAUUUUCCACUCUGUGUCCUUUUUCUACGGGCCGGAGAAGCCACUUUCCGUUGACUUCUUAACAGACCUUAUCAAAUUGGGUCGACCAACGACGGCGCUUCUUCCCCCGUCGAUCCUUGACGAUGUAUCCUUAUCAGAGGAAGCUCUCCUCACAUUAGGCACAAUGGAGAGUGUUUACUUCGGUGGUGCACCACUCUCAUCAGAAACAGGAGACAAGGUCCGCAAAUACACGAAACUGAUCACAGCACUGGGAUCCACCGAAACAAGUAUCAUUCCUUCCAUAGUCCCCGAGAAGGACGAAGAUUAUGGGUAUCUCGAAUGGAACCCAAAUUACGGCGCAGUUAUGGAGCACGUUGGAGAUGAUAUCUAUGAGUUGGUCAUUCCUCGCCCGCCCACACGCGAUUAUCACGGCAUCUGUCAUACGUUUCCCUCGUUCACAGAGUAUCACACCAAAGAUCUCUUCACACAGCAUCCCUAUAAUCCCCGACUGUGGAAGCAUCACGGUCGUCUAGACGAUGUUAUCGUUCUUAGUAAUGGCUUCAAGUUCAACCCAGUCAUUUUGGAGACCAUGAUCGAGGCGCAUCCUCUUAUCUCCCGAGCAUUGGUGGUCGGAAAAGGACAGUUUCACACUGCUUUGCUGGUCGAGCCAUACUGGGAUGCAUUUGACUCAUACCUUGACCCUAGUUCCUUUAUCGACGAUAUCUGGCCAGCAGUCGAUGAAGCAAACAAAACCGUAGCAGCCCACGGACGAAUCUUGAAAGACAAGAUCGCUCUUUCGAAGAGGGACAGGCCAUUCCAAACUACCCCAAAAGGUUCGACGCGAAGAGCUGCUGUAAUUAAAGACUAUACUGAUGAGAUUGACGACAUCUACACCACGACUGACGAGGAGACAGUUGAUGUGGACGAGCUUCCAGCAAGUCUAGACCUUUCUAAUCUGAGUAGAUACAUUCACGACUUGUUUACGAGGAUUUUCCAGCGAUCCGACUUUGGUCCGCAGGAAGACCUCUACAAACUUGGUCUCGACUCGUUACAAACCAUCCAGGUCGCGAAGUAUCUGCGCAGCGCCCUACAUCUAUUCCGCGAUGGUGCCGGCUCAGACGAGCUGACGACCCAAAUGGUCUACGCAAAUCCAACCGUGGAAAAGCUGGCACAAUUGGUUCUGCGGCUGCUGAACGGUGAUAACGCGACAGAGAUCUCCCACCCCGAGAAGCUCAACACUCUUAUUGAAAAAUACACCUCCGACUUACCAACCCAGGACUUCAUUUCACGUCAGACUUCAAGCACACCUACAAAAUCUACAGUCAUUCUUACAGGAUCCACCGGUUCGCUGGGAACCUACCUCCUGCACACCCUUCUCGAAGACCCGAGCGUCGCCAAAGUCUACUGCUUCAACCGCAGCGACGCCCAGUCCAAACAAGAAAUUAUUUUCCAACAAAAGGGUCUUCACAUCACUUCAACUGCCCUCAACAAGGUGGAAUACCUCACCGUCCCCUUCAGUGACCCACACUUUGGUCUCUCCUCGGUGAAAUAUGACGCCCUCCUCACCACCGUAACAACAAUAAUCCACAACGCCUGGAAAGUCGACUUCAAUCACAGCGUCGACUCGUUUGAAGACCCGCACAUCCGCAGCGUGCGGUACUUCAUUGACUUCAGUCUCCGGAGUACUCAUCGUGCGCAUAUUCACUUCAUUUCAUCAGUAAGCACUGUAGGCGCCUGGACCUGGGACAUGGGAUCAACGAUCCCUGAAAGCCCACUCGAAGAUAGCAAGGCAUGUCCAAGUCAAGGAUACGGGGAAUCCAAGUACAUCUCCGAGCGGAUAUGUCAUAAGGCAAGCCGCAGGUCGGGCGUCCCGACUACCGUAUAUCGCGUGGGACAGAUAGCAGGUCCGACCACAACAAAAGGUCUAUGGAAUCCCCAGGACUGGCUUCCUACCAUUAUCAAGACAUCAAAGGCGAUAGGACUGGUCCCGAAUACGUUGGGUUCGAGGGUUGUUGAUUGGAUUGCCGUGGACACACUCGCCCGCAUAAUCACCGAAAUUAUCCACACCCGCGCUUCUACAACUGAUCCAUUUUCCCCACACGCAGUAUUCCACCUCGUCAACCCAUCAAAAACAACCUGGGAAGCACUCGUUCCUACUAUCAAAGAGGUAUACCCGGACAUGAAGCCGGUGGCUUUCGCAACGUGGGUCAAACAUCUCGAAGAAUUGGGCGUGAAAGACCCAUCGGAGCAGGAUAUCGCAGAGAAGCCUGCUCUCAAGCUAUUUGAAUUCUAUCGUGGGUUUGCGGAAGAUACUACGCUUUUGGUGCCACUUGAGGUAGAUAAGUCAAAAGAGGCAAGCGAGACUAUGGCUGCAUUGGGACCCGUUACGGGAGGUGAUAUGAGGAAUUGGUUGAAGCAGUGGUCGUUCUAA